ACCUGCGGGCUGUUAGUUGCUCUUUCCCCAAGGGUCUGAGGAUUGCAGUGCUGUCCCAUCUCUCCAACUUCUACUGAGUAACUGCCAUUGCUAGAUUUUCACAUCACACCAUCCACUGGGCCAGUUAAAAGAAUGCAAGAGGAAAACCUUGAAGCCUCUACAUCCAUAUCUCAGCUACUGAGGGAGAGCUAUUUAGCUGAAGUCCGAAUUCAUCAAGAGCACGGCGAGAAAAGCAGGUCAGAAGCUACCUCUCAACAUUUCUAUUAUGGCAGUAAAUCUGGGAUUUCCCAGGAUUUAGAUGGUCAGGAUGAGUCCCCUGACCUGUCUGCAUUUUUGAGUCAGGAAGAAUUGGACAAAAGUGUCAAUUUAGCUCAGGAAGCAAUUGCCCAGUGUUCUGAUGAAGUGAAGAAAGAUGAAAAGCAGAUCAAUGUAACCUGCACAACCAAAGAUGUGUAUGACACUUUGAAACCUGCUGGGAAUAGCAAAGUUUUAGAAUCUGCAGGUUCCUCAGAUUUCCCAGAAAAACUGACCAGUCAACCAUACCACUGUGAGAAUUUCACCAGACGAUCCAGCAGCUCAAAAGACAGUUACAGAGAAUUAAGAAAACAGUCAAGGAACACCCCUUAUUGUACUGAAGCAGAGGCUAAAAAGGAUUACUUAAGUAAAGCUGCAGAUUUUAUUGAGGAGUUAUCUUCACUUUUUAAAACAACAAGUACAAAACGGAUUAAACCUAGAACCUGUAAAAACUCACGAAACAGGGCGCAGUCAAAGUUUGGUUCACAAGCUCAACAUUCAUCUUGGUCUGUCGACGAGAGGGAGAGAGUGCAUGUUCCAUUUUCGGCUCAGUUGAGUGAUGAAAUCAUAACAAAAGAGGAAUCUGAAGCAAUAGCUCAAGCCCCAGUUCAAUCAGCAGGUACUGAGACACUAACAACAGAAGCUAAAUCAACUGAAAUUCAAUCAAGACCUGUUUGCAUUGAAGGUACUGAAGGGAAUCCACCACGAUUCAUUCAGCGACUAAAGAGCAGGGAAGCUGCUGAGGGAAGCAAAAUCCAGCUUGAAUGCAUUGUGAUAGGAUCACCAACUCCAGAAGUGAGGUGGUAUUGUGAAGGAAAGGAGCUCAAGAAUUCACCUGAUAUUCAGAUUGGUUAUGACGGUAAACAUUACACACUGACCAUUUCAGAGGCUUUUGAGGAGGAUACGGGACGCUACACUUGCUUGGCUUCAAAUAUAUAUGGAUCAGACACAUCAUCUGCAGAACUUUAUAUAGAAGGACUCUCUUCAUCUGAAUCUGAGCAAGAAUCUGUAAAGGAAGAUAUGACUCAGGUUCAGGAUAAGAUUCACAUCACUGUUGCAACUUCGCCUCCUCCCUCCAAUCCUGCAGCAGUUCAUUCAGAGUUCCACCAGUCACAACCUACAGUCGCCCAGCAUCCUGUGCGACCCCUUCAGCAGAUACGAAGCCCAACAAAUUUAUUACAGGGAUUGGAUGGACUACCUCUCAUGGCUGCUCCAGUGUUUACAAAGCCGCUGCAAGAUGUGACAGCUAAAGAGGGGCAGCUGGUUGUGUUGGAAUGCCGAAUUAAAGGAUCACCAUUCCCCAAAAUGGAAUGGUACAGGGAGGAAACCUUAAUAGAAGACUCUCCAGAUUUUCGAAUCCUGCAGAAAAAGCCACGGUCAAUGAGUGAUUCAGAAGAGAUCUGCACCCUGGUAAUUGCUGAAGCUUUCUCUGAAGACUCUGGGAUGUUCACUUGUACAGCUAGCAACAAGUAUGGCACAAUGUCGAGUUCUGCUCAACUCACAGUCCACGGAACUGAAGAUAAUAAUGCUAUUAGUACGAAUGUUUCAAGCUCUAUGACAGUUGAAGCCAAUGUGCCAGUCCAACCAGACAAAACACAUUUGCAUCCUUCAGUCCAUUUGAAACCCAAACUGGAGGGUGUCCUUGUAAACCAUCAGGAUCACAAGCCCAAAGCUGGGCUGAGAGUGCAUUUCAAUUUGCCUGAAGAUGACACCGCAAGCGAGCCUUCAAUUGAACGGGAACACAGUUCAAGAAAUGGACAGAACACCUGGGCUUCAGGGUUAAUUUCACCCACAAAGGAGCCGCCACCAGUAUUUGCGAAACCAAAACUUGAUCCUGUCCAUUUGCAACAGCUACACAACCAGGUCCUACAAGAACAACAAGAAGCAAUCCUACAACAAUCUCCACAGCAGUCCUCUUCUAUGUCUUCCUCGGUGCCAACUGCAUUUCAAUCUACCAUGAAUCUUGUCAGUUCUACUCCUCAAUCAUUCGUGCAAUCAAGCCCAUCUAGCAGGCCACCAACUCUGAAAAACACCCAGCCCCAGUCAUUCAAUUAUACUCGGCCAAAGCAGUUUGUUGCCACUCAGAGUUUUAUGCCAGCUGCUGUCCGAAGUCAUUCCCCCUCACUUUCUCCUCUGCCCAUGCUGAAUAGGGUAUCUGAAAGAAAGCAGUAUAGUGAAGAGAAUUACUUCGGAUUUCCACUCACACCAGCAUUUCAGAAUCCUGAUAAAUAUCCUAGUCCGAUUUUGUCAUCCCCACUCUCAUACAGUUACUCCAUCAUGAGUGCUACAGGACAAGCCACUUCUUCUCCAGUUCUUUCUCUGCCAACUUCUCAACCUCGGAUUGUAUCACCAACUUCCAUUAAUGCUGGCAACUCCUGCCCAAGUCCAGUUCAGAAUCCUGUGGCUUUCCUCAGCUCUGUACUACCAUCAUUGCCCUCUGCACCAUCUACCAAUGCUAUGGGUCUUCCCAAGAGUGCUCCAGCAAUCCCUCCACAAGGUAUCUUGAAGAAAGUGCCCAAAUCGCCACGAACAUCCAUAGAUGAUGAAAUACGGGAUAACAAGGAUGCUGUGAUAUACGACUUAGACAGGAAGUUACGCUUCAAAGAUGAUGUUUCCCAAACUGGGCAGCAGGACCUUAAAUAUCUGAUUGAAUCAACUCGCAACAGCCUUGGUCAGCAACAGGAAUACAAGGUGUCCAACUUUGAACAAAGACUUAUGAAUGAAAUUGAAUUUCGCUUGGAGAGAACCCCUGUGGAGGAAUCUGAUGAUGAAAUACAACAUGAGGAUAUUCCUACCGGGAAGUGCAUUGCUCCAAUCUUUGACAAGAAACUCAAACAUUUUCGAGUGGUUGAAGGAUCGCCAGUGACAAUGAGCUGCAAAAUUGUGGGAAUACCAGUGCCAAAAGUAUACUGGUUUAAAGAUGGAAAACAGAUUUCCAAGAAGAAUGAGCAUUUUAAGAUGAAGCGUGAUGGUGAUGGUUCAUGUUCACUGUAUAUUGAAUCAGCCACUAAUGAUGAUGACGGAAACUACACAGUUAUGGCGGUAAAUCCCCAGGGAAGAAACAGUUCCUCUGGUCAUCUCUUGGUACAGAAUACUCCAAUACGUGGUCGUAUAAUACCGUCAGUUCAGAGCAAAAGGACAAGGUCACGUGUGUCCGAGAGAGAAGAACCUGUACAGGAGGGUUUCUUCUGUCCCCAUUUUCUUCAGGCUCCUGGUGACAUGAUUGCCCAUGAAGGUCAGAUUUGCCGAUUGGAUUGCAAGGUGAGUGGGCUGCCAAAUCCUGAUCUCAUGUGGCUGCUGAAUGGUAAACCCAUCUUGCCAGAUGCUACGCAUAAGAUGCUCGUGCGGGAGAAUGGAAUUCACUCCCUUUUGAUUGAUCACCUCACGGCUGGAGAUGCAGGGAUUUACACAUGCAUUGCGACAAACAAAGCAGGACAGAGUUCCUUUAGCUUGGAGCUGUCUGUUGUAGCAAAAGAAAUUACAAAGGCUCCUGUAUUUAUCGAGAAACUGCGGAACACAGGAGUGCCGGAGGGUCACCCAGUCAGAAUAGAGUGCAGAGUGGUGGGCAUGCCGCCUCCCAUGAUCUUCUGGAAGAAAGACAAUGAGACCAUCUCUCCCUACAGGGACAGGAUAAGCAUACAGCAAGAUACCACGGGCUAUGUCUGUCUCCUGAUUCAGCCAACCAAGAAAGAAGAUGCUGGAUGGUAUACCGUGUCAGCCAAAAAUGAAGCAGGAAUAGCAUCUUGUACAGCCAGGCUGGAUCUAUAUGCCCAGUGGCACCAGCACAUCACACAGCCAAUAAGGAAAGUGCGUCCUUCAGGCAAUCGAUAUGCAGUUCUUGCUGACCAAGGACUUGACUUGAAAUCUGCCUUCCCGUCCGUGGACACCUCGCUGUUCCCAACCAAACAGGAUGUGAUGGAAAGCGAUGAACUGUGAAGUUAUUUCAGUAUGUUUGCUUUUGCAGGACUUAGAACUGUGAAGAUAAGAGAGGCCAAGUGAUUCAAGGUUUACAUGAAGUUAGUUUUCUAUGACCUUGGUGCUUUUGUGAAUGUUGCAAGUGACACAGUUAAAAGUGCUGAUUUUAAAUAGAAUGCAAAAUCUGUAUACAGGCAAUAUGUAGUUCCUUGUCAGUGUAAUUGGACUGCUUGAGUUUAUGAAUAUAAAUGCCAGUGAUGUCCCAAUUAAAUAGGAUGACAGCUGUUUAAUCAUCAUGCCAAAUUAGAUGACAGUCACCAACAAACAUCACGUUUUUUUGAAUGUCUGUUAUUUCUGUGUUUGUGGAGGUUUUCAAAAGCCUUGCGCUGAAGUGGUCAAAGUAUCAUUUGGCACUAUAUGAAUUGUUUGAUUCUAAUCUGCAAAAAGACAUUUUUUACUCAAAUGUGGCUUGUAUACAGCGCAGAAAUGCUCCACAAAUCGAUAGCAGAUUGAAUCGCCUGUGUUUCUUUAUUAUAACCCGAACUGGUACAAUGCAACAUGUUGGUACCAGUUAUACCCAUUGACUACAGUGGACAAUGUUACUGCAGGAUUUCUAUGCCUAUUUAUAACAAUACAAGUGAAUCUGCUUUUGAUUGUUUAUUAAAAAGGUUAAUUUUCUUUCCUCAGAACUGUUUAGCCAGUAAUUUAUACUGUUAUGCAUGAAGCAGCUAAUCACAAUGCGUCUACUGAUUGUGAGGCUCCCUGGAUAUAUUUCGGUAUUCACAUUGGCCAGGAUCUUGCAGUUUUAAUGGUGGCAAAACUGUAUUACCUGCCAUUUCCCAGUGAAAUUGAAACAAACUCUGAAGUUCUCAAUGCACAGUUAAAUGUGGAAACUCAAGUUGCUACCAGUAAUCCCCUGCAUCUCCACAGGGUGCACUGUUACAGUCUUCACAGAUGGAAAUCAAUUGAAAUCGCCGAAUUGUUGUGAACUUCCAGUGUCUACAAUGAUUAGUCUUUCUACAAAGACUCUUAAAGUAUUAGACUUUGUGAAGGGAUGUCUUAAUGGGUUUAGGGCUGCACUAAAUUCAUAAUUACUGCUGGUAAACAGCAUUUCUGGCCACAAAAUUUUAUAUCUAUGUAAUGUCAAAUUUCUUUGUUCUCUAGAUUUCAAACAUAUAUUUUUAAAUUUAAUCACAUUUAUGCUUUUGCCUUAAUCUGAUGUCUGUCUCAACUUUAUUUUGCUUUCCAUGGAAUUAUACAGAAUUAUUGAUAAUACCUACUUAUUUCUGCCUGGUUUUCUGUCUGUGAGAAUACUUCAAUGUUAUUGGCUGCUUAACUUGCUUGUUUGCACAUUGUUGCUGUAUACUUGAGAUUAUCUUUAGUUGAUGGCAGAAUCAAAUUAACUUGAGAAGAAAAGGUGUAAUCCAGCAGUCUGCCCAGAAUUGAUACAAAUUAAACAACUUGAACUCAAAUAAAGUGAACCACAUAGUGGUGAGUCUGAAGUAACAUGUUAUUUUAAGUAUUUUAUUCAAAGGAUAUGGGCAUUUCUGGCAAGGCCAGCAUUAGCUGUCCACCCCUAAUUGCCCUUGAACUAGGCCACUGCACUAUGGAUCUGGAGUCACAUGUAGGCCAAACUGGGUAAAAAUGGCAGAUCUUCUUCCUUGAAAGAAAGAUGUUUUGUUUUAAAGUAAAGAAACAUGUCAUGGGUAUUGCUUUCAAUUUGCGAUUGAUUCAUUGAAUUGAAUUUGCACCUGUUACUAUGGUAGGAUUUGAAUCCAGAUCUCCACAGCAUUGGCCUGUGUUUCUGGUUUACUAUGUCAGUGAAUUUACUAUUAUGCCGCCAUUUUCCCCACUGACUGCAAAAUGUGAGUGGGCUAAUAAUCCUGUCUGAUUAUUGAACUCAUGGCUACUAGGUAUAAUGGCUGGAACGUCACCUCUUCUCCCUUCAAACUAUAAAUUGUUUUCUUGUCCCACUUAGGAGAGAGUUUUUGAUAAAUACUCACCUGUACAAGGCUUAUUUUAGCAUAUCACACCCGCUAAAAAGUUACUCAUUAAAAUAUCACCUACUCAAAUAUAUCUCACCAAAAGAACAUAGGCAUUGCUCCUCAACAGUUAAGUUUAUUUUCAUUUUGCAGGUAUGUUUGGCAAUUAAGUAAUGAAGGAGCCUUUUAGAUUCUCAACAACGCUUCAGGUUGUUCAGCAGUUUGCAGUAAUUGUCCUGACUGAAUUGUCCUGACUGAAUUGAUAAAGGCUGCAUUAUUACACCAAGUGCCAGGUAGAUUGCAUAUUUAGCUGAAGUCAAGUGUUAUAAUGUAAACUUGCACUUGUAAAGAAAUAAUGGAUUGUUUAUCUAUGAAUAAAGUUUUAUUUAUUCCAA